AACACAACAUGGCUGGAUUACAGAAGAGAUGCAGCUGCCGUUAAUAGGACACAUCCAAGGGGAAACGUCUGUCUAAUUGUUUUAUGAACAUAUCCUGACUUCAAAAUUGAAGUGGUUACUGCGGGGCUUGGGUCGUAUAAGGACAGAGUGAAGACAGAACAAUGCAUAAACUCACAAAGUCGACGCUGGCCUUAAACGGUCUAGGCCGUUAUUUCAUUCCAGAAAAGCAUCUGUCGUCUAUAAAAAUCAGCAGCCGGGGAUUAGUGUGUGCAGAACAUGGGGACGGUUCUGGCCAGAAUGAGGUUUAUGAUGUUAUCAUAUCCGGGGGAGGAAUGGUUGGAUCUGCAAUGGCAUGUUCCCUGGGCAAGGAUCCCAACUUAUCAGGUAAGAAGAUUCUUCUGCUUGAAGCAGGCAACAAGAAAGUGAUGGACAAGGUCCCAGACACCUACAGCACCAGAGUCAGCUCCAUCAGUCCAGGCUCUGCCACCAUCCUCAGCAAUAUUGGAGCAUGGGAGCACAUUGCAAACAUGAGGUGCAAGCCGUAUAAAAAGAUGCAGGUUUGGGACGCCUGCUCCGAUGCCCUGAUCACUUUCGAUAAGGAGAACCUGCAGGACGAGAUGGCGUACAUCGUGGAGAACGACAUCGUUGUGGCUGCGCUCACUAAACAGCUGGACAGUCUGUCCGAUAACGUGCAAGUCAAAUACAGGUCCAAGGUGGUGCAGUACGCGUGGCCCAUGCCCCACCAUGCAGCAGACUCCAUCCCGUGGGUGCAGGUCAAGUUGGCCAGCGGAGACACUGUUCAGACCAAGCUGCUGAUCGGUGCAGAUGGACCAAACUCGAUGGUGAGGCGGGAACUAGGGAUACCCACAGUCAAGUGGAAUUAUGACCAAUCUGCUGUGGUUGCUGUGCUGCACCUAUCAGAGCCCACGGAGAACAAUGUCGCAUGGCAGAGGUUCCUCCCAACAGGACCCAUUGCAAUGUUGCCGUUGUCGGACACAGAGAGCUCUCUGGUGUGGUCAACCAGCCAUCGCCUUGCGGAGGAGCUGCUGGAGAUGGACGAGGAGAGCUUUGUCGACGCCAUCAACUCUGCCUUCUGGAGUAAUGAGAACCAGUCAGAGCUGAUUGAGACGGCCGGCUCUCUGUUCCGCAACGCCAUGUCAGCCAUCAUGCCCUCUGCAGGUUCACUUCGACAGCUUCCCCCAAGUGUGGCAGGGAUCGGCCCGAAGACCCGGGUCAUGUUUCCUCUGGGUAUGGGUCAUGCGUCCGAGUACAUCAGGCACCGGGUGGCUCUCAUUGGGGAUGCAGCCCAUCGAGUCCAUCCUCUAGCGGGUCAGGGAGCCAACCUGGGCUUUGGGGAUGUGGCUUGCCUCACACAGCUCUUGAGCCAGGCGGCCUUUAACGGGAAGGACCUGGGAGCGAUUCAGCACCUGUUACAAUAUGAAACUGAACGCCAGCGCCACAACCUGCCCAUGAUGGCUGCCAUCGACCUCAUGAAACACCUUUAUUCCACUAACGCUGCUCCUGUUGUUCUCCUACGCACCUUCGGUCUGCAGGCCACCAACAUGCUCCCCGCGCUUAAAGAGCAGAUCAUGGCGUUUGCAAGCAAGUGACGCAUCAGUCGUGCAGUGGCCAUUGGUGGAUCUCCCAUGACUGUGAGAUUUGAACACUGUAAAAAUUGUGAAUGGAAAAAUUCUAUAACAAAUAAUAAAGAUAUAUUUUAAUUCUU